ACCAAGAAUCAUAGCAACAAAGUUCAUUCAGUCGGGCAAACCAAAUUAUCGAAGUUUUAAAUCUUUUUUAAUAUUAUCCUUUUCCAAAAAUGGGUAAAUGUAAUAAGGCAUUGAUUGUAAAACUUUUGUGCGAGUUUCUUGCCAGCUUCUUUGUUCAAUUUAUUGGCUGCUCUCUUACCGAGCAAACUUUCCUAGGUAUUGCUUUGCCUUUAACGGGCUCAUUUGCUUAUGCAAUGAGUUGGGGCGGAAGUGUUCUUGCAGCGACGCAAGCAUUUCGGAUAGUGUCUGGUGCACACAUAAAUCCGUGUAUUUCCAUUGCAUCCAUGAUACUCGAGAACGUAAAGAUUAUCGAUGGCCUGCUUUAUAUACUCAUGCAGCUUAUCGGAUCGGCCUUGGGCUUCGGUCUCUCAUUUGGUAUAUUCUAUAACUCGCAUAUAAAAAACCAAAAAUUUUGCUGUACAGCGUUAAAUGUGGAUCCUAUGUGGAAAGCGAUAUUGUUGGAAUUUUAUAUGACCGGAGCCUGGGUAUUUGCCAUGUGCGCUUCAUGGCAUGAAAGUAACGAGACGAUGCUGGAGUCCAUAUCACUGCGGAUUGGAUUGAUCGUCGUUGCUGCCACAUUUGUUGGAGCCAAUUUCACGCGAUCCUGCAUGAGUCCAUUUAGAUCGCUCUGGCCAGCAAUAGCUGCAGGUGCCUAUAAUCACAUCUACAUCUAUGUGGCUGUGCCCCCAGUCACGGCGAUUCUGCUGGCGUUCGCCUGGCGCUUUCUCUACCUGCAAAACAAACCGGAGACAGUCAAGGCUGAAGGAGGUGGUGGUGAAUAAGGGAAGCACAUUUCUCUCUACAAGUGUAACCAAUAGCCAAGUGAAAAUUUAUUCAGAACUCUUCCAAAUUGGAGAUGAAUGUUCAAUUAACAAAACAAUAUUUCAAUAUGUGUAUGUGUCUAUCCAACUGUCAGCAACAUGAUACCAAAUGACAAUAAAAUAAUACAUUUUUCGAAGUGCAUCAACCGGUCAACUCGGUAUAUGUAAAGCCUUCUCAUCGAAAAACUA